GACAGCGCGGUUGUUCACGUUGAAAAAAGAUUACCUAGGUAACUUUAAUAAGUCGAAAUUGACUAUUAAAUGAUCUGAAGCAACUUCUUUAAAAUUUGAAGUUGAAAUCAUUCACAAAGUAGCUCAUAAGUGUUCGGAGUUGCUUUGAAGGAAUUUCAAGCAACUUCUCUAAAGGUCACUCUAAAUUAUUUUGAUCUAAUAUGGGCUCAGAGUGGUAAGAAUAAUUUUUAAUUUCAAAAAGUCUAGAUUUCUCAAAUCAAAAUAUCCGUUUACUAAUUAGUAUCAUUUCUACGCAAAUUAAUCUAGAUAUUCCCGGUGUAGCGUGACCUUAAAUCCCUAGGAUUCAACUGAUUUUCAUCAUGUCACGUACUUUAUGCUUAUUAUGCCACGUAUUAUAAACAUGCAGAGUGUUCUCGAAGUUAUUUAGUCCAAGGAAAUUCGCCUCCCUAGCGAAGGUAUCUUAAAGUUUUGGAAACAAAAUGUAUGCCCGCUAAGGGAAAUUUCUCGUUUUUGUUUCGACUCAACUUACAACUUACAGAACGCCCAAUUUAAUUUAUAUUGUUUUUUUUUUUUUUUCGGAAGUUGUGUACGCAAAAUAAGCCGCGCGAGGCUUUAAACUGGAUAAAAAGCCGAGGAAAAAGUUGCAUCGAGAAAAUGGAAAGCAAGACAAAUCGCACAUAAAAGGGAAUUUUCCACCGACACAAAGCCUCCUCUGUUUGAAACCAGGCGAGAAAGGAGAUAAGGAUUCUUUACCGAUUUUUUCUCAAGGAUUUCAAGUUUAAUAACAAAGAGUGCAAUAAAAUACAUUUCAUUUACAUUCAAUAGAUGCAAUUCACCUUUUGAACUCUUCCCUAUCAAUUCAUUAUGUAAACAAUCAAUGAAUAUUUAUUUAACCAAUCGAUCUGGUAUAUGAUAUACAAGGAGGGACAAUAUCUAUGUAUUACCCUUCCUCUCUUGAUUUAAAGUUCCUUUCGUAUUAAGACCUGUACAUACGUUUCUCAUCCUAUUCUUCAUCCAUCUUUUUCCUUUCCCAAAUUUCCAGCAAUCAUCCAGCAGGUUUUGUCUCAGAAAUCUCAACAAGUUUACCAAAACAAACAUCAUGUUUCUGAUACCUAUUUCAAAUCUGACGUAAUUUUUAUGUGUCCAAAAUCUUUUCAUGAGAACACUCUGUAGUUUAUAAACGUUGAAAUGUUAAUUAUUGGUGUUUUAAAAGUUUGAUAAUACAACUGAACUAUAAUCGUGCUCACCAGGUACAACAAAGAACAAAGAGAGCAUUUUUACAAAAACAAAAAAAUAUCCCAAGUUCAAGUUACAAAAUUUUUGAAUUGCUUAUAUGAACAUCAAGUGCAAUGUGCGUUUAAUUAUCCAUAUUCUUGACUAUUGUCGUAAGUAGGUAUAUUGAACUUUAAGUCAAGCGAAAUGAAAAACAUUUUCAUGCAGAUAGCAAUUUAUUGACAAUUUUCCUUUAGUACCUAAUAAUUAUAGAUUGUUAGAUAUGGCUAGCUGUAUAACAGAAAAUCUUUCUUCUGCACUACAAUUUAAUGAAAAUAAAAAUCCGAAAGUAACUUAUAAAAUCGUAUGGAGUAAUGUCGUAUUAUUUACUUCGUUGCAUCUUGUUGGAGUUUACGGUUGUUACCUGACAAUAUUUGCAGCUAAAGUGGACACAAUAAUUUACGCAUUUGGACUCUAUAUGCUGUCAGCAUUCGGAAUAACAGGAGGAGCUCACAGACUUUGGUCCCAUCGAUCGUACAAAGCCAAAUUACCCCUAAGAAUAUUUUUGAUAAUAUGCCAUACGAUAUCUUAUGAGAAUUCCGUGAUACGUUGGGCGAGAGACCACAGAGUGCAUCACAAAUAUCAAGAAACAGAAGCGGAUCCACAUAAUGCAAAAAGAGGGUUUUUCUUCUCGCAUAUUGGUUGGCUUUUGGUCAAGAAACAUCCCGCAGUUGAGGCCAAAGGCAAAACUAUUGAUAUGACGGAUUUGUAUAGUGAUGCUCUAGUAAAGUUUCAGCACAAAUACAUCAGCAUCUUGGGCGUAUUAAUGGCCAUCAUCAUACCUACAGCCCUACCCAUGCUAAUUUGGAAUGAAACUUUCAAAAGUGCCUAUUCCCUUAAUGUUUUCCGUAUAUUAGCCGGCUUGCACGUGACGUGGCUAGUAAAUUCCGCCGCACAUUUGUAUGGAAAUAGGCCAUAUGAUAGAAAUAUCGGUGCCAGACAAAAUUCGUUUGUGUCUUUCGUAGGUAUCGGCGAAGGAUGGCACAAUUUCCAUCACGCCUUUCCAUGGGACUACAGGGCAUCCGAUUUCGGCACUUUAAACUUGACUUUGCAUUUGUUGAACUUCUUCGCUAGAAUCGGAUGGGCUUACGAUUUGAAAAUUGCUACUCCGGAUGCGGUGCAAAGACGAUGUUUACGCACCGGAGAUUCUAAUGAAAACGACUUUUGAAAUAAAUUUUUCAGACGAACAA